GGUGACAGUCGUGUUUGUCCGUGAAUGCGCGUGGCUUGUCAAUUUCUAAGUUCUCGAUGCGUUUUCCCUGCGUGAAACGUAUCAAAGUCUUAAAAUCAGACUACGACUUUUUUAUGCUGGAAAAAGACAUGGUUCUGAUUGACGUUACACCGAUCCUAUCCUAGGCGGUGAAACGGGUGACGCGCGAGGACAGCCGCUUCAGCCAAUGACAGCUCGAGCCACCUCUGAAGCGCCAAGUGUUUGAGCUCGGAGAAUGAAGGAAAGGAAAAUGGCGAUUUGAACUAGUGGAGCUUAUAAGUAGAGCUUUUUAAUGUAACAUUUGAUUCAUAGUCCGUAUAUUUUAGGUAGGGGGGCUCGUUAAAAGUUUCUUGACGGUUCGUUGUAAAUGUAGACAUUUAGAUACUUUAGACGUAGUUGGUUUUGUUUGAAUUUUGGUUAGCUGCUGUGCUAACCCUAAAAUAACGUUAGAUGUUAAUGGGGCAAGUCACCUAGCCAGCUACGUAAACUAAAUAGUUAUUGGGAGAAAAAACUGUCAUGUAGUCUCCACUAUAUGUGUAUUAUCGAGUCAGACUAGGUCCGGAUGCGUCGAACUAACCAAAUACUGACGAUUUUAAUGCAUUUCUUAGCAACGAAUGAUGGCUGCUCAUAAUGUUGUUUUUGCUAUCGAUGUGGAUUAUCGGCCUGAAGAACCCAGGCCCUCAAGAGACUUGUAUCUGAGUUCCUUAAAGCAGUGGAUUUUAAAUGUACUGCUUUCCCUCGGUAGUAAGUAUGGUUUCGAGAACGUUCGAUGGGGUUACAAGUUUUUCCAUUCAAGAACUGUAAAAAGUGCAAGUCUUCUAGCAAGAGGCACAGAUUUCAAAGAACUCCAUGAGAAAGCCUUCAGCGAUUUUGAAGGAGAAUUUGUCCACAAAGUUGGUGCUUAUCAAGUAUCCUCUGAGGAGCAGCCCAGACUGAGACAGAGUCCAGCGAUCUGUGUGCAGAACACACUAAAGGAGAUCCUUUUGGACUUCCAGUGGGACAGACCAGACAUAACUUCACCCACUAAACUCUCACUGCGUCCCAGGAGGUCGACCAGGAACACAACAAAUAUUCCCUUGGCAGAUGAUGACAUUUCAUGUCAAGGAAAGAAUGUUGUGUUUGUGGUCUCUGAGUGUCCAUUUUCCAGAAGUGACACUGUAGAGUUUUUGCAGCUGCCCAACAGUCAUACUGGAGUUCAGAGGGAUUUACCUGAGCUUAUUCUACCAAAGGGUCUAAUAGACAUGCUAAUUUAUCGGAAGGUUGUCCUGCACUGGGCCGACUGCUGUUCUCGAGAGCAGGUUAAUCAUGAGGCUGAUGACUACACCGGCUUGAAGACUGUCAUGGAGGCGCUACAGCCUGUAGCUGGAAAAGUGAUUACUGUGCUUAUGCCUGGUUUGAAUCUGAAACAUAAAGAUCCUAAUCCAUGCACUAGGGACAACAAGGGAGUGCUUGCCUUUCCAGCUGGCUCAAGUACAGGAUACGUUUUGUCCUCUGAAAAGACCUACAAGCGAGCAUUUCCAACUCUCAUAGGAACGCUUUUCUGGGGUACAGAGGAGGACAAACAGACCUGCAGUGUUUCAUUGGAGCCUGUGGCAUGCAGACAGAGGCGACUACGUGCUCCUGUAGAGGUGACUCUCAGAAGUGUGCUGCAAGGCCUGGACAACUGCUGUCUCAAGCAGUCAGCUUCAGAGUGCUGGGUCCUGUUUUGCCCACAAAAAUCAGAGCAAAAUCAAGCCGCCGUUCAUAGUCUUUUCAAGGAGCUUUUCAUUCUAGCUUCUGACAUGUUAGCAGAGGUCAGUGAAGGAGGUCAGGUUCACUCUGCAGUACUGUCAGUGUUGUCUGCCGAUAUGGCUCUUCUGACAGUUCUCCACAGUGAGGAACCUCUGAGUACGUGCCUUGUUCCCUCAGAAACCACAGACCUUCCUGACACCUCAGAUCUACCUGACAUUGUCUGUAGUGUUCUCAAAGACCUCAUGAAAGAUGAUGAUACCUCAGAACAACAGAGUCCACAUCAGAUUCCUGAAUGGGCAACUCAGGAGCUUCAGCAGUCGACUAAUCUAACAACAGAGCUUACAGAGGGCUGGUUUCCUCUAUCUGACCAAUCUGGGAUUAGUUGCCAUUUGAUGGAGUCCAUGAGGCUUCUGCAUGCUGCACCAGAGGAGCAAGAAGAUGACACUCAUGUGCAAGAGCUGACAAACAGCCUAGCAGAGCUCUAUCAGAACAGUAAAGAUGGAUCCAGCAGUGUCUCAAAAGGCAAAAAACGAGGGACUCAGCGUACACCAGUUCGCCAGAAGAUGAAGACCAUGAGUCGCUCCUUGCAGAUGCUGAACGUUGCUCGCUUCAAUGUAAAAGCACAAAAGAAUCAAACAGAAACAGAUUCUUCCAGUACCACCAAAGGAACAGAGAAGCGAGGCAAGAGAUGCUCCAGUGAAAGGACCAAACCUGGUCCCAUGUAUUUUAAAAAUGAAGAGGAACUUCUUUCCCAUUUGAACCUGAGAUAUCAACAGGCUGUGGAGGAUAAGAGCAUUUUGCUCAUCACUCAAGUGCAGGAUCUGCUCUCAGUGGUGGAAACCUUCAUUAAAAACAACGUUGAUAAAGGGCCUUCAUUAAACAUAUUCAAGAAGAACCUUUUAAAAAGUGCGCAGUCCAUUCGUCAUAUCUAUGGAAGUUCUGCUGAUUCUGAGAGUAAAAUCAGAGAUUGUCAGCUCCAAGUAGUCCUCAGACUUGAGCUGUGCAAACCGUUGACUUCAGAGGAUCAAGAUGAUGUGGAGCAGAUGGUGGAGGAGGUGGCCGGAAUGCUACGAGUGAUAUCUCUGACCAAAGAUCCUGUCUACCUGUCAAAGUUCAUGCAGGAGGAGGUUUUGCCAUUAUACCUGACUAGCAUACCUAAGGUACUGGCAGACAUCUACCACAGUCUUGGUACCCAGCUGCCUGAGGUGCUUGUUGCAGUCCUGCCUGCUGAUUUUUUUAGUGAUGACUCGAUGGCAAAGGAAAGUGUUUCUGUAAGCCCUGCACCACUGUCUGCCACACAGAGUCUGGUCUCCAGUGUUGGAGAUCGACUCGAAGAGUUACGCAAUCGUUCUGCUAAAAAGAGAAGAACCAGCAUGCUUACACGUCAUAAGAGCAUGACGGAGGCCCCGCAGAACCUUCGGCAAAUAGAGAUGCCCAGGAAAUCCACAAGACAAGCAAAAACAAAGGAAUGUAUUCCUCCAGAAAAACUUAAUGUAGGAGGUCAACCAACUCAAAAACAAACAGUUCAAGAGGUGACAAAAGUGAGGAGAAACCUCUUUAACCAGGAGACAAUGUCCUCAAAGAAAGGGAAAAUGCCUCGGAGCCAGUCCGUAUCAGCAGUAGAUAUCAUGAAGAAACGGAAACGGUCACAGGUGGAAGAUGGACAACACACUUUACUAACGAAAAAAGUCUCAGAGACCCCCCUGCAUAAGCAGGUAUCAAAUCGUCUAUUACAUAGACAACGGAAUAGCAGGAAUCCUGGUGACUCUGAUAUGGUCAUUGUUGAGGAGUCUCCAGUUAAACCUGUGACAGAUUUGAGGAGGAGUCCUAGAAUAAAAAAAUUGGCAAGGAGGCAUUCCAGUGUCUUCUAUUCAAGCUCACAACCCCGUUCUAGAAAUUUGGAUAGAGCCUUGUCUUCCUCUCAGCUCCCAGUCUCUGAAAGUAAAGUUGUAGGUGGUAUUAAUAUUAAGGCUGUUAAGUCACCAAUGAGACUUCUUUUUGGUGCCGCCGAGUCCCCCGCUCGACCUUCCACAUCCAGAUCCAUCUUUAAAGACGCUGAAGUCGGUCGACUUGGGUCUACAGAUUCCGUCUUUGAGAAUUGUAAUAAAACCCCAGUAAAAUCUCCGUACAAACAGCUUGGUUCUCCAUUUGAUGGCAAAACUUCCAGGACACCGAGUUGUUCUUCCAAAGCUCAAAAUUGUUUCUUCCCUAAGAGCCCAGUCUGUGCUGUUGGAGAGAACAGUAUGGUCCUCAGAGGAAGUCCAUUUAGAUCUCCUGCUUCGAAACGUUUAGUGCUGGAAACGCCAAAGAAAAGCCCGCUAAAGGGCAUUCUUAAAACCCCUGUGAAAAGCUUUAUGGAAUGUGGUUCCCCUUCUGGCCCUUUUGUUAGGAGCCCCAACAUGAGGACCCCAAGGAAAAGUGUGACUUGGUCUCCAUCUCCAUGGAAAGGAUUGCCAGAACAAUCAUUUAAAGUCCCAGAUUCUCCAGUUUCCUCCAUUAGAUAUUCCCCAAGAUUGAUCACACCAAGCCGAGAUCAGGGUGAAAUUUUCAAAACUCCUGAGAAAUCAAGUCAACAAAAAAGCAAGGUUUCCCCUAAAACAGCACAAAGAGUGUCUGGAAUUACUCGAAAUGUUGCCAUUGAAGAACCCCAGCUGAGCCAGAGGUCAGGGAAAAUUAGAAGGACGUUAAGUAUGUCAGAGAAAGGUGACCCAAAGAGUCCAAAUAUUCUUUCGUAUGAUCAUCCUUCAUCACCGACACCAGGAAUAAAAACACCCAGUAAAAGCCCUGGACCAACACACACAAUGUGUACUCGUUCUGGAAGAACACCUCUUAAACGUUCCCCUACUCUGCCUCUUGACAGAGGGACUGAUAUAUCUUCACUUAAUAAAGAGAGAUCACCGGAUCCAACUCUUAGAUCACCGUCACCUGGCAGUCAUACACCUGUUGGCAUAAAUCAUCUAGUGGCUUUGUCAAAUGAUACCAAGCAUGAUCAGGCACUACACUGUGAGACAAAAUUUAUUGGUGGACAGAAUGAAAGCAUUCAGGUGAUGGAGGAGGCGUCAUCCUCAGACACCCAACAAUUUGACUCCUCACAGUUCAGUGCUACUUCUACAGAAGAGAGCAUUGAUAUCACAGAAGCUUCUGUAGUGAAGACGGAAUUAACUGGCGGCAUUAAAAUGAACAUUUCCUUUUCACGAAAGUCAUCAAAAGUCUCAGAGGUUUUUGAAUUCACAGGCACACCAGCACUUCCAGCCAAAAGUACGCAAGGAUGUAGUCGAUAUGGCUUCCGUCAGACUCCAGAUCGACAACAAAGAAAGGCAGCAGCACGACUUGGUUAUUCUCCUGGGCUUCCAGUGUUCUCCAGUCCACAAGCCUCAGGAACACCUGUGCAUAGAAAGAAGCAGCCUGUCGAACCCAACCCUCUUACAUAUCAGGUAGAAUUGGAAAUGCAGGCAUCAGGUUUACCAAAGCUUAAGUUCAAGCGUACUGACUCUUUCAAUUCAGGUGAAUCAUCUGAUAAUGCAGCCAAAGGGCUGGUUUCACUUCUGAAUAACAAGCCAUCAAGAGUUGAUAGCCCACUUACACAUUGUUCCAAACAUCGAGAACCUAGUUGUAUAUCACCACCUCAUUGUACACCUGGAAAAGGAGGUGUCCAGAAAUAUAUAUGCCAGUCAAUCACUCCUACAAGGCUGCAUACUAAUAGCCCUUCUCCACUGGGCCAUGGGGAACACGUGCCUUGGACCCCAUCUCCUCAGAGCCGAGGAAGGUCGACCCCGGAGAGCUUCAGAACUUGGCCUCGUAAGAAAAGGGCCAGGAUAGGUUUGUCAGGGACCAAGGAGACCAAGGAAGGGGCCGAGAUCUUGGAAGACCCCGAGCUUGAUGGUGUGUUUAGACUACCAGGGGCAGAGGAGCCUAAAGAGUUUAGGGAUGCUCCUGCUUUUAAGUACACGUUAGGUAUUCCAUCCAAGCUCUGCUCUUCAGAGGAGACGGACUGGACAGAAUCUGUGGUGCAGAACUGUGACAAAACGGACAGCAUGAAAUGUGAUGAGUUUUCAUGGAUAAGCGGAGGCGGGUCACUUAGCUCAGUGGUUACCCCUCCACACUCUAAAGUGAAGAAACCAGUUUCUGCCAGUGGGAUCUUUGCUCUCACACAGUCACCCCUUUUAUACAAAGGGAAAAAGGGCUCUGUUACCAAGGAAACCAUACAACGUGAUGGAUCAAGUGGAAACUCUGAGCAGUUUGGCAGUAAGGGGACGCACACAUUUAACGUCUCGCCUGUUAGCCAACCCCGGAGACGGCAGGCUUGUGGCAGGACAUACAGCCGGAAGAGACUGCUGGAUUCGUAAUGUUUUAUUGAACCGCAACAUUUUGUGAUGUGAUGUCUUUUAUUUAUGUAUUUCUGUUUGAACUUUGAUUGUUUUUAUUCUUUAUGUGGAUGUUAGGAUUUUAUGCACUAUUGUAUAUAUUUUUAAUUAUGUGAAAAAUCUCAAACUGGACAGAUUUUUUGUGUCUUUAUGUCUGGUCCGAUUUUAUGCUGACUUCAGUUAGUAGACUGUUGAAUAUUUUCUGCAAUGAAAUGCUCUUCUCCUACUCAUACUUUUGAUCACAGCUUCAUGCAAUGUAGCUUUAAAAGCGAAAAAAUAUGAACUGUUGGUAAAUGCUGACGAAUGUGACGUUCAUUCCUUGUGCCAUGCUAGAGGUGCUAUAGUCAUACUGCACACAGCAGAAAAAUAUUAUUUCUAUACUUCAUUUUGUCUGCCUCUGUCUAAGUAGAAAAAAUUGUUGCCAAAAAUGUUCAACUAUCAUUGUCCAACUCCUGGUACUCAUUGUCCUGUCCUAAAAUGUGAAAUAAAUGUAAAUGUGAUGCAAAUUAUUUUAAUAAAG